CGUUGUUGCUGCUGUUUUCUGCGGGAUUGGUGGACGGUGUGAGGGGCGACGGCGACCGAAGAACCAGUCGGCUCGGCUCGCCCAGGUCGACGGUGCGCGUGUGUUGGUGGUGGUUGCUGCUGCUUCGGCGAUGGCAGCCUACGCGUCGUGACUGCCAGCGCGCGCGCGCCUGUGUCAGCCCCUCGAGGAAUACGCGUGCAUUGACACUGCCGAAGGAUUGCUUCUCGUGUGCGUUGACGCGGUGCUUUGGCCAAGUGUGCAAACUCCGUUGAUUCCCAACGGGCACCAUGCAUCGAGUCAAGUGCGCUGGACUGUUCUCCCGGUGGCAUCUCUUCACAGUUCUGGCUGUGCUGCUGGCGGCGCGGUCGAGCAGGAGCACGCCCCUGGAACCCGAAGGACGUGACGUGGUCGAAGGCGAGAGCCUGCGGCUCUCGUGCAACUUCAACCCGGCGUUGGCGAGCCGCAACCUGCUCUACUUCUGGUUCCGCACCAACCGACACGGCAAGGAGAACGCGGCCAUCAGCGGUAGCGCGCUCGACCCUCACUACAGCGUGGAGUACAACCCGGCCGAGGGCCGCUACGCCCUGCUCAUCUCGCGCGCCCAGUACGACAAGGACAACGGCCACUACGAGUGCAAGCUCAAGGAGAGCGGCAGCGGCGCCGACGUCCACAACGCCGCGUACGACGUGACAGUGCUCAUCGCGCCGGGUGAGCCUCGCAUCACGCCGUCCAGCCCGACGGCACUCGAGGGCGAGCCCCUGGCGCUGACUUGCGCCAGCGAGGGUGGCAGUCCGGACCCCGACGUCGAGUGGUUCCGCGCAGACGAACGGCUGCCGUCGGCGUUGACCCGGGGAGGAGCCCGCGACCGGCCCACGGCCGCGGUGCUGACGCUGACCCCCGGACGGGAGGAUGACGGCGCCGAGUUCCGAUGCCGCAUCACAAACCGCGCCAUGCCGCAGGGAAGCGCGUACGAGGCGCGCACCACGAUCCGCGUCCACUAUGCACCCAAGAUCACGGUUGGUCCCCACAACCCAUUGAACGUGAUGGUGGGCACUGAUGCCACGUUGACCUGUUCCGUGCUGGCCAAUCCUCCUGUGCGAUCCGUGCGGUGGAUGAAGCGAGGCCAGCUACUGUCGAACACUUACAACCACACCAUUCCAUCUGUAACUCCUGAAGAUAGUGGAAACUAUGCUUGUGUUGCUGACAACGGAAUCCUGCAGCCUUCACAAGUGGAGCUGCAUCUUAGUGUGCUGUAUGGACCCCGUGUGAAUGUGCUGCCAGAGCAGGAAGCUGCCCAAGGAGAGAAUGUGGCCAUCAAGUGUAAUGUUGCCUCGAACCCUGAACCACAGUCCAUAUUGUGGACGAAACAAGGGGACGGCCAGUUUGCACUGCAGGGCGACACACUACGUUUGGACCGUGUCACGGCUGAGGACGCUGGAACUUACAUAUGCCAGGCCACAGUCAUCAUGCGACCUUCUGCUACUGCCAUCCAUACAGAAGUGGUCGGCAACGACUCCGUUGUGCUGCACGUGCGACACAAACCUGGAGAGGCAGAGAUCACUCCACAAGGCCCUACAGCUGUGGCCGGCCGCCCUUUUGUGCUGACGUGUGGUGCUCGUCCUCCCGGCUGGCCACGUCCCGAAUAUCGCUGGUGGCGUGAGGGACAGGAGCACAUCGACCUCGGCCACCGGUCCAACCACAGCUUCCUCUCCGUGCACAGCAGCCACGAGGGACGAUACUAUUGCCAACCGCACAACGCAUUGGGAAAGGGGUCCAUCGCAUCGGUCUACCUGGCAGUCAAUGAAGCGGCUACCAUCAUAGUGCCCCUGAGGCCCCAAAUCAUUCGCAAAGCGGGAGAUCAAAGCCAGUCCGUGACAUGCCGUGCCCGUGGGAAGCCUAAGCCACAAGUGCAUUGGACCCACCGAGACAAGGAACUACAGAUGAGCCCCGAGUCCGGCUUUGAAAUCAAGACCAUCGAGAACAUCGAGGACAAUGAAGUGUUCUCGGUUCAGAGCACCCUGACCUUUCAACGAGCUCUCACCCCUGAAGACCGAGGAAAAUAUGCCUGCCUGUUCGACAAUGGCUUCGGCGGUGCUGCCAAAUCAGAGAUGAUGCUUAGGAUCGAACACCCUCCUCAAGUGAGGCACACCUACAAUCGAGUGGCCUUUGACCCUGGAGACAUGGCUGUGCUGCGCUGUCAGAUGCAGGCCUACCCCGAGCCUACUUUCGAAUGGGUAUACAAAGGUCGCAUUCUCGAACGCUACGCCAACUACGCCACCAACGUGACUGACGACGGAGAUGACCUCUACACUGGUGCCUUGUCGGUGGCAGACGUGAAGGAAAGCGACUACGGUGACUACACCUGCCGUGCCUGGAACCAAGUCGGCGAUGUGCAGCGUACAAUACUGAAGCUCGUCAGAAAGAGUGCACCUGACCCACCGGGUCGUCUUGUAGCUGUGAGCAGCGACUCCGACAAGGUCACAUUGCAGUGGACCGAAGGUUUCAAUGGAGGCUUCAGCAACACGGAAUUUGUCGUCACUUACUCCAACGUUGCCAGUGGGCAAACAAAGAAUGAGUCCUGCCGAUCCCACAACCCGUGCACCAUAACUGGUCUGGAGCCUAAGUCGGAGUAUGUAAUGAAGGUUGUGGCUGUUAACGCAAGAGGAUUCAGCUCGUACUCCGAAGAGAUUACAGUGCAAACAAAGGUUAACCUCAAAGACAUGCCACGGCCGCUGUCUGCCCAAUUCGACCAAGAGACAGGCCGGGUGUACUUCACCGUCGAACAAACUGCGGAGAGGCUUUUGGCGAGGGUCGAAGGUCGUGCCCGUGGCCAGGAGCAGUGGGUGGCCCUGGCUGAGGUGGAGGUCGAGCGUCCCCAGAUUUCCCUGGAAGUUGCCAAUGCCGCUGCCCUCGUGGACAUCCGUGUGCUGCUCUGCCUCCAGAGCAACGCUUCGUGGUGCGGAGACGAGCGCCUGGCCGAGCCUUUUGAUGAGUUCACCAUGACAACCGAGAACAGUCUUCAUCCAGUGGGUGCUCCUGUGACCAUCAAGACCAUGAACGUCGUCAUCAUUGUAGCAGUGGCUGCGGGGCUCUUCUUCCUCCUUGUGGUUGUAUUUGUCUGCUGCUGCUGGAAGAGGAAAGCCAGCAAAGUAAACAAGAAGGAUUAUGAAUCCGAAGUCCAAAAUGCAAGACCGAAGGUUAUCAGUGGACCUUAUUAUCACGACGAUGUGGGCAAGGGGUUGGACACAAAUGUUGACGACAUGAACAAGCACACCAUCUAUGCCGGCAGCAUUGGUAGCUCACCACACAUGGCCAAUGGACACGUCGGAAACCAGAUAACGUCCAAUGGUAUGCUUUAUGGAUCAGCAGACAUGUUGGACGGAGUGCAUGGUGGCAACGGCAGCGACGGUGCCGGUGACCUCUGGGUAAAGGGAGGGCAGGGAGAGAUGUCUACUCCUCCAGAAGCAUCCUAUCAGCCCUACGACGCCCGCAUGCCAUCUGGGUACUACUACCAGGACGAUUACCAGGGGCUCAACGAGGACGUCAUGAACCUCAAGAACAGGGAGCAUUUGCAUUCCCCCUACUACGACGUCAGUGGGCUUCCCGAUCCCUAUGCCACCAUGGGUGAUGAAGACAAGAACCCGCAGAUCUCAUUGUCAUUUGAUGAAAGUCUCGAAUCCGGCUACUCCACUCCGAACUCGAGGAACCGACGCAUCGUGCGAGAGAUAAUCGUGUGAGCUUGAACGCGGCUUGGAGGACUGUUCUGUUGUAGCCGAACAUUUGCGAACGCACAGAGGAGCGCUCGCAGAGUCAGCUGCACAGUUCUUGGCAUCUGACAGACUUUGCGAUGUGCCUGGAAAACAAUGCAGUGUGUGCGUGUGUGUGUGUGCAUGUGGCUGUACGGUGCGAAAAAAAAAAGACUGGUCAUCGGCAGCAGACGUGCUUCGAGAGUCACGAAAGAAAGAAUGGAGGCAACCUAGAGGUGUAAUCGUCUUUGAUGCAUCUAGAAACCAGCCCGUAAGGAUCGGCCUUCACACUUCAAGACACUUCAAUGCCUACAAGUGUGCAGCGUUAGCAAGAGGAAUGCAAGAGCCAGAACAUUUGCCUGCAGCUUGUGAUAGGCUUUGGCCCCCUCACAGCAUGUUUGCAAACGUUUAGCCCAAGAGCGUGGCAAUAUUUAAGGUCUUGAAUGCACCUAGUUCAUUAGGGCCAGACUUCACACUACAGCGCAUCUAAGUGUGCUGCAGUGCUAGCAAGGAAAAUGCAAGUGCAAGAACACUACAUGGCACCUCGUGACGGGCUUUGCCCAUUCGCAGCAUGUUUGUGGCUGUUGAGUUUGAUAGAAUGGCCGCAUCCAUGCUGUCACGAGCACAUUUAUGGUCGAAGAAGUGACGUGCACUACACAGUGACUGCAAGAAAACUGAUGUUAGAACUCUGGCUGUGCCUCUUAUGCUCUUGGUUUUUUUGCUCAAAGUGAGUGUUAUUUGUGCCUUGAUUGUCAGCAUUGUUUGCUGUAGUUGCUCGCUCGUGAUUGACCUUUUUGUUCUCAUGUUUAGGGUGCUGCAUUAUAAGAGAUAUGCUGUUGGGCAGCACCUGUGCAAGACAUUUUUAUGGGGGCCAAACUUCUUGCCGCUCAACUUUUGUUGGCUUGCGCUGGAUUGUUUUUUUUUUUUUCUAUAAAUAUCAAAACACUGUUAUAACUCUCAUACUCGGAAAAAGCUCGGAAAUUUCGGGGAGCUCAAGCUGAUAACAUUUUUAUUGCAACAUGAAAGUUAGCCAACCAUUAGCCGACAUUAUCCCACUUGUUGCAUUAAUCUUCACUCAGCAGUUCUUUUUUUUUUCUAUGAAUACAGAAAAACCAUAUUUACUGAUCAUAUUUGUUAUUGUGAAAACAAGUGAGCUAGAUACUAAAGCUGUUGCUUCAUUUUGCUUGCGGAACUGCUUCUGAACUAUUGUAUACAGCAGUCAUCAAGCUUGAACCGGUGCUCACUUACGUUACACAGGAACACUUUCUUUAAUGUUCUUGUUCAUUAAGGAAGCCCAGCAAAUCUAGCAUCAUCUGUUUCACUUAUUCGAUCAUCAUCAUAUAACUAAGCAGCCCAAGCCUCUUGACAUGCACCGCUAGGCCGGAUCGUGUACGGUUGUUUUUACAAAUUUAUCAAUAACAUGGCGCAAGUACAUCGUACAUGCCGGGCUCUCAUUUCCUUGCAUUCUCAACCUUGGCACAGUGUCUGUUCAGAACGUCAUUACCCUAAUGAAACCAGGUAGGUUCACUUGUGGAAGUCUAAUCCCUGAAAAAUAGUUCUCAACAGUUUCACGUUUUGCAGUUUUGCUCAGUGUAAGAUCUGGUAAGAAACACAGUGUAAACAUGCUAACAGCUCAAAUUAAAGCAUUAAGUUACUUAUGGCAGAGGCAGUCCAUUAAAUUUCGAACGACAUCGGUUUUAGUUCCAACAAAAAUGUCGAUUUCACAGCAAGCAUUACAUACUUCUGCUCAUUGUGACAGGUGUUGUUUCUUAUAUCGUGCCACACUGUGCCGUUCAUUAUAAGCCUUGCUUCGCUAUCUGCAGUACUGCUUUGGCUAUGCAGACAUAUCAAGCCCAUAAUUAUUGGUCUUGGUAGUCGGGGUCGCUUGCUUCAAGCAAAACCUUUUUUUCUGUUCAUGUUUAUGACAAGUUAAUCAUCUGUUGCUGAAGGUUACAGCGAGACUCUAAGGGGAAAAGAUCUCAAAGUGCACAUAAUUUAAGUAAUCAAAGUUCUAAGCAAAUUUUCAUGAACUUGCCAGACUUGCCAGUGAAUCUUGCCUAACACCUUGUCUUGCACAAGAAGUGUAAUCCGUUUUACACUCAGCAUCCCUGUAAGAGGCAUAAUGUUGCAUCAUAAUAUAUGCAGUGGAACCUCAUUGGCACAGUCUUCACUGGUGACUGGAAAUAAUAUGUAGAGGAAUAAAAUCUGAAAAUAGUGUCCUCCAGAGCAAGCUCAAAAAGCAUAAGAAAGCAUGCUCAGGCACGUUAUCACCAAAAAUCUAUUAUGGGGUAUCUGAUCAAUGAGAUUCCACUGCAAAAUGUUUUUAUCUUGUCAUGCUGGCGAUUUUUUGUGUGUACUAUACCUAAUUUAUCAUCAUGAUCUUGGUACUCCCUUGCAAUAUUUGUAGGAACAUGCACAAAAACUGGUAAACUACUUAACAUCCUACCUUAGUUUAGACAGUGUUCAGUUUGUUUUGUUUCUUUUGAUGGUGUGUUUAAUUAUGUUGAGUCACUCAUAGGUACCACUGGUCACAAAUUGGACAGCGCCAAGGUAACAGUGACAGUCUUGUUCGUCUCAUCCUAAUGCAGGUGUUGUUUUGAAGCUGUCUCAUGUUCAACAAAUGCCUUCUGGGUACUUCUGUACUCGUCUCACGUAUAUGGACAAAUUCUAUGAGUACUUUAUAUAAUGUUUCAGUUUCACGCCCUACUGCUGCUACAGCGUAAUGGUGAUUUUUUUUUCCGAUACUGUGUGGUUCCUUGGUAGUGUUUAAUCCUUGUCAGCUGUACAUCACAGCACUAGCCAUUUCAAAGACCCUGCUAGUGCAUUACAUUUGCUUGUCUCCUGUUUCUGUACAUAAUCCCUCUUUGUUGUUUUAACAAACUCGCAGAAGAGUGUGGCACGUUUGUACAUGUGUCGUCGUUUACAAUUUUGAUCCUUACUCAGUGUGUCUCAUCGUUGCCGAUGCGUAAGGUACAAAGUGGGUACAUAAGGGAGUGUUUCACAAGAAUAGCACUUCCUGAACAAAAAGUGCAAAGAUUAUGUGCUUGUGCAGAUGUCUGCUCCCUUCCGCAUCCUUGUUGAACUACUUAAGUAAACAAGAAGUUUGCUGUAAAAAAUGUACGUAGUGAGUCUUUGCAGAAAGGUGAUCAAUACACUUGUCCCACAUUUUUUACCCUACGGAGAGCUCUCAUUAUGAGGGAUAUCUCAUUUCUUGCUGCCAUACAGAAUUUUCACAAUUGUUUGAUCAUUUGCAUGAUGUCCUCGGGGUACUUGUUUGAACAUUUGAGAUUGCUUUUAUAAACAUUCGCAUAUAACUGUGCCUCACUUUACUGAAAAGACAUAAGAGUUCAAUUUGCUUUACCUUUCCAUAUUAGCAGUUACGAACGUCACUUUUUUUGCAAGAUGUUUUCUGUAAAAAAGUAUUACGCUGGUCUAUUAAUUUAAAACUUCGACUUGGGGAACUUUCAAUACUGAUGGCACUCAACGUGCUCAUGGUGCAACUUUGAAUAGUUUCGAAGAAUUCACUGGAUACUCAAGACGUUUGACCGACAUGUAGAAUAUGGUGUUGUGGAGCCAUGGAAACUUUGGACACGAUCGAAGUUUUUAGUUUUGAGCAUUGUUUGGUGCUCGUUGUACAGACGCUUUUUGGCACGCCCGUGGCCCACGGAUAGCGAAAGUAAGUUUUAAUUCUCUGCCAGGAGCUCCUUUUAUGUAUGGUUCUGCAAUAUAAUUCAUUUCUAGUUAUCAAAGAGAGUGUUGAACCUGUUGCUUUCAAGACUUUGAACGUGAAACUAUGCAGUGCCUUAUGAUACUUUGCUCUCUCUAUUUUUGUGAAUGUGCGAACAAGCAUUGCAGUCUGUACCACAGUGCCUUUGUUCCUUUCUGUCGAAGUUGUGAUGUUGCCUCAGCACAAUGUUUUUCACUGUAAAUAAAACAUGUCAUGCUUUGUGAAACUCAAA